ACUUCAGAGCUGGAGAGAAGAAGAUAAAAAAAAAGAAGAAGACAGAGCUUUCCGGGAUUUUAGAUUUAUGGGAUAAUUUUGAACAUGUAAAAAAGCGAGGACAAAUGUGAUUUCACCUUGUGUGUCCGGCAAAUGGAAUUAACAAAUGGAUUUUCUUAAACACGCGUUCUCCCUCUCUCCCUCUCUCUCUCUCAUUGGGGGAAAAACAGAGCGCUCAAAUGAAGGGGACACAGAUGUGGAUUAAAACGCAUAAAUGGGACACUCCAGCAAAGCAUCCGCUGAGAAAAGUGCUCAGAGCAAGCGUCUGUGAUGGGAUGUCGAACCGCAUCUGAAGUGCUCCACCAAAGAAUAAAAUCGACUCCUGACCUACUCUGAAGAACAAUAUUUGAUUCAAUCAAUGUUGCAGACUCCCCCGGGGGGAAUUACUACUGAGCAAUAGGUGAACCCUGAGAAAAGAGCAGCGGUGGACCAUGUGAUGCUUGACCUUCACGGAGAGAACUCGGGUACACUCCAGAAGAUGUCAAAUCUGAUCUGAAGCUGCUCUCGAGAGGAUCGCCCGGCACAUAAUUCAAUCAUCCUCCCAUGUUUUGUUUAGCAUUACUCAAACACCAUGGGCCAACAGUGACGGGACGCGGCUAUCAAUGCUGGAUCUCCAUUCAUUGAGGAGGACUGGAUAUCUCACUAUGGAUUUGAAGGAGAUUUUCUUCACCAAAGGGCAGCUCUGAGAAACGCCGGCGAAGGGAGGGCGGAACGGGACACUGGGAGCUGGGAGGAUUAGCUAGUGUGCUGCUAACCCAUGGUGGAUCUGCUGUGAGCAGGACGAGGGACUCAGCGGUGGAGGAUGUCAGCAGAGGCCGAGCUCCAGCCGGGUGUCAAAACCAGCCAGCGAAAGGAGUCCAGGAGGAUUAAAGGUCAGGACCGCAGUGAGGCGGGGCUUAUUAAGCGUUUCCGCGGAGAUGGUGUGCGCUACAAGGCCAAACUGAUCGGGAUUGAUGAGGUGACAGCGGCGCGCGGGGACAAGCUGUGCCAGGACUCCAUGAUGAAGCUGAAGGGAAUGGCUUCCUCGGCACGUUCCAAAGGGGAGCACAAGCAGAGAGUCUUCUUGACGGUGUCUUUCGGCGGGAUCAAGAUUUACUGCGAGAGAUCGGGGGUGCUCCUGCAUCACCACUCGGUCCACGAGAUCAGCUACAUCGCCAAGGACACCAGGGACCACAGGGCCUUCGGCUAUGUCUGCGGGAAGGAGGGCCACCACAGGUUUGUGGCCAUCAAGACCGCACAGUCUGCGGAGCCUCUCAUCAUUGACCUGCGUGACCUGUUCACGCUCAUCUACGACAUUAAGCAGCGGGAGGAGAUGGAGAAGAAGGCCCAGAAAGACAAACAGUGUGAGCAGGCGGUCUACCAGACCAUCCUGGAGGAUGAAGUGGACGAUCCGGUUUACCAGUACAUAGUGUUUGAGGCUGGACACGAACCCCUCCGUGGCCCCCAGUCAGAGGAGAGCGUUUAUCAGGUCCCAACCAGUCAGCAGAAGGAAGGGAUCUAUGAUGUCCCAAAACGCCAUUUCAUGACUAACAUCAACCACUUUGAUCUUUUCGGCGACAUGUCCACUCCUCCCUCAAUGCCCCCAUCACCUGCCAACACACUGGACCCUAGCAGGAGCAGCCGCCAGCAGCAGCACAAUCCUGCUGAGCUGUACGCCCCCUUCAGCCCCACCUCUGUGCCGUCAGGUUAUAUGACCAUGGGCCCGGUGCAGGCGGCUCAGUGGGCUCAGCAGCCGUUUCCCGCCCAGGCUCAGACUCUGGCCUUCCCCGUGCAGGGGCCCCUCCAGGUGGCUCAGGUCCUCCCCGGUGGUCAGCCGGUCAUCUGGAGCCAGGCCAACAUCUUCCCUACCACUCAGCAGCAGUGGGCCGCCAUGGCCGCCUACAUGCCGGCCCAGACGGUGGGCGUGGGAGGCCACGCCAUCCCGGCCGCCAUGCUCCAAGGCCUGGUGCCCAUUACCACCAUGUGCCCGCAAGCCUGCGACCUGUCAGCCCCUUCUUCGGCCAUCACCAGCCCCCAGCACACGGCUGACCCCGCCCUGCUCCAGAGGCAGCUCAGCCUGGGGAAAGAAGGCCUCUGCGUGGACUCGGACGCGGGUGAGGGCCCUUCCACAUCAGGCGCAGCAGGUGCGGGACCUGGUUCUGCGUCAGCGGUGGUGAGCAGGUGCGGGACCCCGGGCCUCAUGAGUGUACCGGACUCACUGGCCUGCAGUCAGCUGCUGUCCCCCGUAGCUGCUGCUGCAGCCCAGGAAGAAGAAGGGAGCUGUAGUGACUUUGAUCUUUCCAGGAUGACCUUGAGCCCCGGUACAUCCACAUCACCGUCUACUGAGUCUCCGUCCACUCCAGCCCCUCAGCAGAGCUCAUCUUCAGACUGCCCCCCAUCCCAGGCCAGCGACCCCCCGACAGAUCACUCCCCCGUCGACCCCGAGGGCAACGUCAAGGAGGAGCAAUCGGGCUGUGCUCUUGCGAGGUCGGACUCUCCGGUGCCCAGCGGAGAUCCUGAUCCUCCGCAGGAUCAGACCUCAACCAUGUUAUCUGUGAUGAUACAGACGAGAGCUCUCAAUGUUCACAGCUGCCUAUUUCAUGUUAUUCUGUGUUUGUUGCCGCUAAGCGGAGUUGGACUGACAAUAAAGGCCGCUGAGGUUUCUGGUCUUCCGUUGGUAGUUCACCCCGCGGACUGUGUGUUGUCACCAUGGAGCGCUUGGUCACGCUGCGACACCUGUCAGAAGAAGAGGUAUCGCUAUGCCAAGCUGGAGAGCCCGUCUAAGUAUGGAGGGGAGCAGUGUAACCUUCAAGGCAGGGAGGAUGAGGCCUGUGCGGUCCCGGCCCGCUACACGUGUGACAAUAUUCCACUAUGUGAGGGCUUCCUCUGCACUCAAACAGGGCGCUGCAUUCACAGGACUCUGAAGUGCAAUGGGGAGGAUGACUGUGGAGACAUGUCAGAUGAGGCUGGCUGUAAAAAGGUUUCCAAACCCUGCAGGCAGGAGGCUGAAGAGUACUGGGGAAUAGAAAACCUCGCCAAAGGAAUAAACGUGUUGAACAGUAACCUGGAGGGAGUGGUGCUUGACAACAGAUACUACGCAGGCAGCUGCCUGCCUCACUACAUCCAGGAUGUCAGAUUCAGGAAACCUUACAACUUACAGCAAUACGCGAUCCAGACAAAAGGCUCCUAUGAUUUCAACAUGACGUCUUUUGAGUCGUACUCUGAAUACUAUACGUACCAGAAGAAGGAGACCUCGAGCAAAACCAGUUUUUCUUUCGGCUUUGCCAUUCCCGGUGUUUUCGAAUUUGGCUUCAACUACAAAGACGCCAAAACAACUAAGUCAAUUCAGAAGUUCCGACGAGCCUCCGGCAAGGUCAACAGCUUCGUGAGGGCCAAAGCUGAACUGGAGUUGGCCCAGUACACGCUGAAGUCAGAUGAUUUGAUGCUUCACCCUGAGUUCCUGCAGCGCCUGCGCUCCCUGCCACAGGCUUAUGUUUAUGGUGAAUACAGACAGAUCUACAGAGACUACGGCACCCACUACAUCACAGAGGCCACCCUGGGAGGAGAAUAUGAGCACACUAUCAUCUUGAACAAGAAGAAUCUUGAGAAAUCAGAUUAUUCUUUGGACGACUACAAAUCCUGCGUGGAUGCAGGCCUCAAGCUUGGUGCCAACAUACAAGGUGUUUACGUGUCGGUGGGUGUUGAAGGUGGAAGCUGUGAUGGGAAGCUCAAUGAGAUGGGAGAGGAGACAGGCAGCGGCAGCAUAGUGGAGGACUUUGUCGCUGUUGUGAAGGGCGGAAGCAGCGAGUCCAUCAGUGCCUUGGUUUCUAAAACGCUUCCCACCCCGGAGCUAAUGAGGCUUUGGGGUGAAGGCGUGCGUUUCAACCCUGACUUCAUUCGCAAAACAACCCUCCCGCUGUAUGAGCUGGUGACUUCCAGAGACUUCACCCAAGCAGCCGUCCUGAAACGAAACCUGAAGAGAGCCCUGUCAGAGUACCUGGCGGAAGCUGAUUCGUGUCGCUGUGCGCCAUGUCACAACAAUGGAGUGGCUGUUUUGAGAGGAACAAGGUGUGACUGUGUGUGUCCUCUUGGCUACACUGGACGGAGCUGCGAGAUCACUCAAAGGCCAAAAGAACUAGCCAUUGAUGGCAACUGGAGUUGCUGGGGAGCGUGGUCGUCCUGCAGCGGAAGUCGAAUGUCGAGGACUCGACAGUGUAACAACCCAGAGCCGAGCCCCGGAGGAGUGGCAUGCAUGGGGCUGCAGCAAGAGUCCACUGAAUGCUUUUAAAAAUCCCUGAUGUCAAAGCUGUCAUUACGAUUUAUAAAACACUUCCCUCACUAAA